UUUCGGCUGCAUUUUUUUUUUAUAGAACCGUUUCAUCAGUGAAGAUCUCAGCUACUCUCACUUUAUCUUUGCUUUCUCUCAAUGAUGGCUGUUGCUGCGUCCUGCGAGGGAGAGCCUAAGAUUCGGGAAUUUCUGGAUAGGAAUGGCAGCCUACCUGUCAGUUGUUCGUGUCUGAAGUUACUGAAACCAAGUUCUGAUGAAGUUAAACAACGGGUUCCUUUAGAGGUUCCGUCAAUACUUUUUGAAGAGGCUUCCCCCCCAGCCGAAUUAUAUCAACCCUUACACAGUUCACUUGAUCAAGAAUUGUAUAGCAUUUCAGUAUUGCCUGACGAAGAUGACAAGGCAGAUUGUGCUUCACCGCUGGCUUUCUUCAGCAUCUUAGAAGUUCCUGAUCAAUCUGAAAGUCCCAUGAGUUUAGAUGCUCAAAUAAAUUGCCACAGUUGCAUUGAUUUCCAAAUGAAGAGCGAAGAGUUGUGUUCCUCAUGCACAGUUGAUAUACCCACUGUGAAUGGAAAUUCAAUCUCGCCUGAAUCCUAUGAAGAGGGGGUUGAAAGUUUUAGAACCAAGAAUUUUCUAACAAGGGUGUUGUGGAGACAAGCUAGUUUAAAAGUAGGCGGAAAACUCAUGCAAAUUCUGACGAACCUCGCCACUUCACGGGCUACAUCAGUCACUGAAAAGGCACACGAUUUACCAAGCAUCAGAUGGAGAAGAUAUAAGCGUUCUGCCUCGUUUGAUUCCCGUAAAGUUGCUCUUCUCUUUUCAAUAAUAUUGUCCAGCGUGGGAACUUUGGUGUUGAUAUAUCUAACGUUAAAAGUCAGGCAAAGGGGUGAUGGCUUUGUUCUUAUUUGAUGGUCCGAUCCCCACUGCAUAUACUAGUCACUUGUAGGUUUGCUCUUCAUUGUUUGAUCCGAACUUGUCCCUUGAUGUGUAAUGUAUGGGAAAUAUUGGCAUUUAAACAUAUGAUUGACUUUUGCAUUCUACCAUAAAACCCCUUCGAUUUUUGCAAAUAAA